CUCAUUCCACAAUUAUCUUCACAUCCUUCUAUCCCAAUCUUCCUUUCUCCCAAAAACACCUCCCCCAUUUCUCAAUCAGGCGAGGAUAUUCUUCCGCGUAGUACGAAGCGAUUCAUCCGACUGCAAUUGGGUUUUGGAGUUUCAGAAUCCGAUUAUUGUUCGGCUUCGAAUACAUCUCUUUCUCCAUUGCUUUUUGGGUGUGCAAAGGUGAAUUGAUUUGUGACUAUGGAUGCUGAACAGAUAGUGGUGGAGUUUUGAUUGAAUUUAAAGCAAAUAUAUCAUCAAAGCAGAAUCUAGACUCCAUUCAAUCACUCUCCCUUUUGCCCUUCUCAAGAUCUGAUGGAGAUUCAUAGCAAAAGCAAGAUUUCUCACGGGCUUUCUGUUAUCUGAUUUUGACUUUUCUUUUACACAUAUAUAUACGUAUAUAUAUAUAUAUAUUUCAGAAGUUUCAAUCCUAUUUUUGGUCAUUCCCACUAUUUCUGCUCAGCCUCCUCUCUUUUAGUUAAUCAAUCCUGUAUUUGUUUUUGUUAAUUGUCUCCUUGCUCUGUUCUUGGUUAUUCGAAAUAAAUCGAAAAUUAUGAGGCUCAAAGCUAUUACAUGUUCUCACCAUGCCUUUCUUGCAUUUGUUCCUUAUUUUCCUUCACUUCAUGUUUCCUCUUCUUGUCUGAGGAAGUGUCAUUCGGCUGCAACACUCUCCGUUGCCGUUUCGAAUCACUUUGUGUCGAGUACUCUCUUCAAGACUCGAUCCCUAAACAGGAUCUCAAGAGGCGAUAGGAUUCGACGAUCCUGCAGUUCUAAUUUGGACGACAUUGAGGAGUUGGCGUUUCAAGUAGAAGGAUUCGACAAUGGAGGUGGAACAGAUGAAGUGCACUGUGCAACAUCAAAGAUGAGUCCUUUUGCAGGCAAAAACGAAUUGGGACAAGACCCAUUCUUGCAGUCACGGCCCGAUUUCUUGGAGCCUAUGAUGAUUGGGAUUCGGCCGGAUUUCCCGGAUUGGCCGGAUCAAGAAACUGCAAUGUGGGCUUCGAUCGAGCAGAAAGCUAAGAGUUUCGACAUUCCCCUGUCUUUAAGAAUGAUAAAGAAGAAACUACAAUGGGAAGAAGCCGGAUUUGUCGAUGGAAAAGAAGAGUCGCCCUACUGUUCGAUGAAGGCUGCUUUUGCUUCCAUGGUUUACAUCGUCGUCGAGCUCCAAAGCCACGCGUUGCAUAUGAGGGAAGCUUUGUGCCGCGAGAAUUUGGAAAUCAUAUCGUCGAAAGUGCAGAAAGACAUCCAUUCGUCGUUCGUUUGGCUGUUCCAGCAAGUGUUCUCGAAGACCCCUGAUUUGAUGCUCCAUGUAAUGAUCCUCUUGGCUAAUUUCAUCGUACAUUCGUCGUUGCGAAAUAUCGACGCAGUAGCGGAGGCACUGCCGUUGAAAGGAUUCAGCGACAGAAUAUCAAAGGAUGCUGAAACAGGGGAUUUUCUGCAGAGCAGUCGAGAUUCGAGUUCUUUCGGAGGGAAUCGAUUGGAGAGCGUUGAUGAAAUGAAUCUGUGGAAUUCGAUGUUGAAAAGCGUUAAAGACGAGGUUCUCGAACGCGACGUGUUUCAGCAUUUUGUUGCACCUGUGUCUGUGGAGCUCGAACCCGACAAUUACGAAGACUAUCUUAGGACAGAUCUUUUGUAUCAGUUGACGUUGUCCCGGGAGCCGAAUAAUUCCCUUUUACUCUGCAACUAUGCGCAGUUCUUGUACCUUGUUGCACGCGAUUAUGACAGGGCCGAGGAAUGCUUCAAGAGGGCAAUGCAGAUAUUGCCACCAGAAGCAGAGUCGUUGAAUCAAUACGCGAGUUUUCUUUGGACAGUUAGGAGGGACUUCUCGGGGGCAGAGGAAAGGUUCUUACAAGCGCUGUCUGUCGAGCCGGAGAAUUCGUAUUACGCUUCCAGGUACGCGAAUUUCUUGUGGAGUACCGGUGGAGAAGAGACAUGCUUCCCUCUAAACAAUUCCCUCGAAACAUCGGCUUAGCUUAGGAAAAACCAUCGAUCAAUCGAGAUUAUGAGUUAGCUGUAAGAACAAGAACUCGUGCCUUGGGUUCCGGGGAUCGGUAUAUGGCGGUUGGUUGGUUUGUUAGAGGUAAAUGAUGGAAAUGGGGAAGGGGAGGUAGGGUGGUGGGGAGCCGGCAGGGGCGGGGCGGGGGUGGGUGUAUGGAUGUACAAGAAUAUAUAUAUAUAUAUAUGUAUAAGAGGAGGUGAUGAAGGGUUGUUGGAAGAAGGAGGAAGAAAAAGAAGAAGAAGAAGCUGUCUGAAUAGAAUGAAUAUUUACAUCACCAAAUUGUUGAAACUGUACAGUUUUAAGUUCUAAAGACAUGAUGUUGAUGAUGAGCAGCUAUAUAUUUAA